AGCAGGGCCCAAACAGGCUGGGGGAGGGGAGCGCAAGGCCGACAGUUUCCGUGGAAAAAGCAAAGGCCGCGCAGGGUUAUAUAUCAAGGCCUUCUUAGCUUGUAUUUCUGCCCUCUUUGCAGAAUUGGGAGUCGCGACCGUGGCACAGUAUUCUAGGAUGUGGUGCCACAGGUUGCCCCACUUGCAAAGGCAGCUCUGGCACUUGCUGAAGGGAGGAAUCGUAUGCCAAAACUUUCAACAACCCAACUUCAAAAGCUUGUUUUCAUUAACCAUUCAUCGGCAUCAUACAGCCUCCAAAUCCCUGAAUUGUGUCUGGCAGCAACAUGAAGAUCACUUUGAACUACAAUAUGCUAACACUGUGAUGCGCUUUGACUAUGUCUGGCUCCGAGACCACUGUCGCUCAGCAUCUUGCUACAACUCUAAGACUCACCAGCGCAGCCUGGACACUGCUAGUGUGGAUUUAUGUAUCAAGCCAAAGACCAUUCGUCUGGAUGAGACUACACUCUUUUUCACUUGGCCAGAUGGUCAUGUGACUAGAUAUGAUUUGGAUUGGCUGGUGAAAAAUAGCUAUGAAGGGCAGAAACAAAAGGUUAUUCAGCCUAGAAUAUUAUGGAAUGCGGAAGUCUACCAGCAAGCCCAAGUUCCAUCUGUAGAUUUCCAGAGUUUUUUAGAAACCAAAGAAGGACUGAAGAUGUUUCUACAAAACUUUUUGCUUUAUGGAAUUGCAUUUGUAGAAAAUGUCCCUCCCACUCAAGAGCACACAGAGAAGUUGGCAGAAAGGAUCAGCUUGAUCAGAGAAACCAUCUAUGGGAGGAUGUGGUAUUUCACGUCAGAUUUCUCCAGAGGCGACACUGCAUAUACCAAACUAGCUCUGGAUCGGCACACUGACACUACCUAUUUUCAAGAACCCUGUGGCAUUCAAGUGUUUCACUGUCUUAAACAUGAAGGAACAGGUGGCAGGACAUUGUUAGUAGAUGGAUUCUAUGCAGCAGAACAGGUACUUCAAAAGGCACCUGAGGAAUUUGAGCUCCUCAGCAAAGUGCCAUUGAAGCAUGAAUAUAUUGAAAAUGUUGGAGAAUGUCACAACCACAUGAUUGGGGUUGGGCCAGUCUUAAAUAUCUACCCAUGGAAUAAAGAGCUGUAUUUGAUCAGGUACAACAACUAUGACCGGGCUGUUAUCAAUACUGCACCUUACGAUGUUGUCCAUCGUUGGUAUACAGCACAUCGGACUCUAACAGUUGAGCUGAGGAGACCUGAGAAUGAGCUGUGGGUCAAACUAAAGCCUGGAAGAGUCCUAUUCAUAGACAACUGGAGAAUCCUACAUGGCAGGGAAUCCUUCACUGGCUACCGUCAACUCUGUGGCUGUUAUUUAACGAGAGAUGAUGUAUUAAACACUGCUCGUCUUUUGGGACUUCAGGCUUAAAAUUGAGUGUAGUGGAAUUAUGAAUACACUUGGUACCUCAUCUACCAAAAUUUCACAUCAACAGGGUAGUAUGUCAAAAUCUGCUUCACAUUGUUUCCUUACCCUUUCCACAAAACAGAGACAUUUUUAUACUUUAGUAUGGGAAACAUGUUAAAGGAAUGAGGCUUCUGAGUUAUCUCAUGUCAGCCAUCUGUAGUAGGGUAGCACUCUUCCCAAAGAUAUAACAUGAUCCCACUUGUAUUCUAAACCUUUUAAUAAAUUUUUGUUUCUGUAUCUCAAAAAUAUAAUCUCCAUAUUAAAAGGAAAUCAAUAAUGCUCUAGGUGAAAUUUUCUUCUGACUAGAUCAGUUACGAUGACAUGCACUCCAGAAAUGACAAAAUAUUAACAAAGCAACAAUUUGCAAAAUGUUUGGUCUUAACAUCCACAUAUUAGGGAAAACAUGUUACUUGUCUUUCUUUUUUACUUAUUCCCCUUAACAUAAUGUCCUCCACUUCUAUUAUUGUUCUGCAAAUGACAGCAUAUCACUUUUCUUUUUUAUACCUGAAUAAUAUUCCAUUGUGUGUAUGUGUCACAUUUUCUUUAUCCAUUCAUCAGUUGACGGACCCUUAGAUUGUUUCCAUUUGCUAUUGUGAAUAUGCAGCAAUAAACGAGCAUGCAGAUAUCCUUUUGGUUUGCUGAUAUUUUCUUUGGAUAUAUACAU